UGUGGUAUAAAUUGCGCGAAUGGUCGUAUGAAGAGUUUAGUAUGGUACUUGGUGGUAGGAAAUGUGACAAAUAAAGAGAACACACUCAUUAAUGUAUAUUUUUCUAAUUUAAAAUUAAUAAUAAACUGUAAUGUGAAUAUCUUAGUGCAAAAUUAUAAUGUUGAGGAGAAACGUAUCACGCGUAGUAAAGUAUGGCCUUUACGGAAGUGUAGCUAUAGGUGGUGGUGCAUUUGUAACAUCUAUUUACCCAGACGCUGAUUAUAAUUCUUUACCCAUUGUGAGACAUACUAGAGCUGCCCGAACUGCCUUGGAGAUUAGUCAGAUGUAUAAAUCAAUGCUUUAUGGUAAGAAUUGGGAUAGAACAUCAGAGGAAUAUUUGAAAGUGCGAAGUGAGGCUCAUAAAUUGGGAGCAGAGAAACUACUUGAAUUAUGUAAAUCAAAUAAAGGUGUGUACAUUAAAGUUGGACAACACGUUGGUGCUCUAGAAUACUUGUUACCCUCUGAAUAUGUAACAACCAUGAAAAUUUUACAUAAAGAUGCACCAAGAAACACUGUUGAAGAGCUAUAUAAAGUUUUAAAGGAUGACUUAAAGCAAGAUCCAGCUGAAAUUUUUGUUGAAUUUGACCCAGAACCUCUUGGUACUGCGUCACUGGCGCAAGUUCAUAGAGCAAGGUUAAAGGAUGGAACAGAAGUAGCUGUUAAAGUUCAACAUAGUUAUGUUAGGAAAAAUACUACCAUUGACCUGCAAUGGAUGGAACUCCUUAUAAAUAUAAUGUCUAAAGUUUUUCCUGAUUUUCAAAUGCAAUGGUUGGUUGAUGAAACAAAAAAAAAUAUUGCCAAAGAACUUGAUUUCACGGAAGAAGGUAGAAAUGCUGAAAAAGUUGCAGAAUUAUUUAAAAACUAUACCUGGCUGAAAGUACCAAAAAUAUUUUGGGAAUUUUGUACAGAACGAGUUCUUGUCAUGGAAUAUCUCACUGGGGGCCAAGUUAAUGAUAUUAAAUAUAUUGAUAGUCACAAUAUUAGCAGAACUGACUUAUGUACAAAAUUAGGUGACCUAUAUUCACACAUGAUAUUUGUUACUGGUUUUGUACACAGUGAUCCACAUCCUGGUAAUAUUAUUGUUAAAAAAGAACCUGGGGAUAAAGAAGUAACAAUUUGUUUAUUAGACCAUGGUCUAUAUGCGCAAUUGUCAGACAAAUUUCGUUACCACUACUCAAAAUUGUGGCUCUCAAUAAUUGCAAAAGACAAAGAGGCUAUCAAAUUCUAUUCUGGAAAACUGGGCAUUAACGAGGAUUUGUAUGGGCUAUUUGCUUGUAUGGUAGCAGGAAGGCCUUGGGAUGUCAUUAUGAAGGGCAUUGACAUAACAAAGCCAUCAGCAUCUGAGAAAAUUACAUUUCAAAAUGAGUUACCCAAUUUCUUAAAUCGUGUCUCUCAAUGUUUAGAGUAUGUAGACCGGCAAGCUCUACUUAUUAUGAAGACAAACGAUCUGAUACGAAGUAUAGAGUAUUCAUUGGAAAUGCAAGAUAAAAUGUGUGGUUUUAUGAUAAUGACAAAGUGUUGCACCGAAAGUGUUUAUAAGCUGGAAUUAAAGGACGAAACUUCUCAAGUGAAACGACAAUUAUUAAGUAUAAAAUACCUGUGGUCUCUUUGUGUUCUCUAUUUCUACGCAAUCUAUUUAACAGUACGAGAGAAAUUGAAUGUGUACUUUUACAACACAAAUUGUUGUGCUUCCGUUUAAAUGUCACAGGAAAAUUAGAAAAUGUAUAUUUGAUAUGAUAAAUAGACCCUGUGUCUACUAUUGUAUAAAAAACUUAGCGCAAAUUAUUUAUUAAAAUUGUAAAUGCAGAAAUAUUUAUGACUUGCGGUGGUAUUUUUUGCUAGUCACGCGAGACACUUUACCUCUUUAAAACGGGAAAAUUUGUAUAAAUAAGUUAUAGUCGUAUUUACAAUUUGUAUAUUUAUGUAUUGU